UCAGGGAAGAACUUCUGUUGAGCUUCUCCUGGCAUUGUGGAUGGCUUUAUUCUACAGAGCAACUCCUACCAGAGUUAUCCAGCAUCCCUCAGCAAGUGAGACUAUUAACUAUGAUGUUAAGGCUUUUGGAUCCUCUUUGCCUGUUAAGGUUAUGGAAGCCCUGAAGAAGGCUGAUGCUGAUGACCAGCUGAGCGUUCAAGUGGAUGAAAGUGGAUGGGCCUGGCUAGUCCAUAAAGAGAGGCUGAUUAUUUGGAAGAUUGGUCAGUCUCCAGUAGCUAAGUUAUCUCUGUGCAAGGAACUGCAGCUGCCACCCAGUGACUUCCAGUGGAGUUCUAGUUUAGCAGCUAUAUCUUGUCUCAGUUCCUCAGGUGAAGCGCCUUCUCUGCAGUCUCUGGCAAUAAUGGUUGCUACCAGCGAAGGUUCUGUGCGGUACUGGCCCAAUCUUGCACAUGAAGGUUCCUAUAUGGAGACUUUUACAGACUUUGGAGGCUCUCUGUGCAGUUUCCUAACAGCAGUAAAGGGAGGAAGCUUUAUUUUAUCAUCUUCCAGAGGCCAGCUGGUUCGAUUGAUACCAGAUAGUUCUGGCAAGAUUCAUCAGCAUGCCCUGCCACAGGGUCAGGGCAUGUUUUCUGGAAUUGGUAGAAAGGUUUCUUCUCUUCUGGGUAUAUUGUCUCCUGGACAUGAUGCUGUGAUUUCUAGUGUUCUUUGGGAUAAAGAAAGAUCAAGCUUUUAUAUGCUGACAAGUUCAAAUCUAAACAAAUGGGAGAUUGACGAUUCAUCAGAACGUUAUAUUCUCAGCUGGGAUAUCAACAGGAUCCUGAAAGAACAUAUUACAGAUGCAAUUUGGGGUUCUGAAAGUAACUAUGAAGAUAUUAAAGGAGGAGUAAAUAUACACUACAUGGAUUUGCAACAGAAUCGUGACGGACUGGUGAUACUUGCUGCAGCAUGGCAUCCUGGAGAUCGUCCAUGUCUUGUCUACUAUACUCUGAUAACAGUAGAAGAUAAAGGCUACCAGAUGUCUGAUGAUGUUGUUGUGGAGGUCACACAGUAUAAUCCAUCUUUUCAGUCAGAAGAGGAAGUGUUGUGCUGUCUGGUAGUCCCGGAUUACUUUAGCCAUGCUGCUUACCUCUAUAAGGAAGAUGAAGUGUUUGCUUGUUCCACUGGAACUGGAAGAAUUUCUUUACCCCAGGAGAAAAUCAUAUUUGGCAUACAAGGAGAUAGCAUUUUAGGAGCAGGUUCCUGUACUAGCCUCCCCAUCUUCUUUACCAAAAAAAGUGGACUUAUCACCAUCUUGUCCAGGGAAAACAUUUCUGUGCUUCCUGAAGACCUUGAAGAUUCCCUGUCCUCUUCAGUUGCUGGACCAAGAAGUGAGAGUCCUGCGUUUGAUGCAACCAGUAGGCUAGAAAUCAUAGCUCAAGAAGAUAAGACUAAAUUACUGAAAGCUGCUUUUCUACAGUACUGCAGGAAAGAUAUAGUCAAUGCACAAAGCAUGGUAGUUGAGCUCUUUCCAAGUAAUGCAGAUCUGGAUUCUGAUGCUGAACUGGAUAGGGCGGUGACUCAGAUCAGUGUGGACUUAAUGGAUGAUUACCCUGCCUCUGAUCCGAGAUGGGCUGAAUCUUUACCUGAAGAAGCAGCUGGUUUCAGCAACACAUCUCUCAUUCUUCUUCAUCAGCUAGAGGAUAAGACAAAAGCACACUCCUUCUUCAUUGAGUUUCUUCAUCAGGUUGGUGUAUUUGAACGUCUGGGCAGUUUUCCAGUACGAGGGAUGCCGAUGGCAACUCGAUUGUUGCUCUGUGAGCACGCAGAGAAACUAGCAGCAGCUAUUGUUCUCAAGAAUCACCACUCCAGGCUGCCUGAUCUAGUGAAUGCUGCUAUACUGAUCGCAUUAAACAAAAGGGAGUGUGAUAUUCCACCAAGUCUUACCCCUGCAGAUGUGUUCUUUCGAGAGGUGUCCCAGAUAGAUUCCAUCUUUGAAUGCUUACUAGAAGAAGAGGAACAAAUGCUGAAAGAUAUGCCUAUUGAAUCAAUUGAGUGGGCCCAGAUAGUUGUCAAUGUGAACAACAUCAUUAAGGACAUGCUACAAGCUGCCUGUCAGUAUCGUCAGUCUAGAGCCUCUUUAUAUAAAACAGGAGAGCUUCCAGAAAGAGAACCUGAAUAUAUUCCAUGGACAGCGUCUAGUGGCCUUCGUACAGCAAUAAUACGUCAGCACGGAGUCAUUCUGAAGAUGGUGUAUCCCCAGGUGGACAGUAACCUCCGUAGCAUUGUGGCUGAACAGUUGGUAGCACUACUGGAUUGUUUUCUAGAUGGCUAUGUUUCUCAGCUGAAAUCUGUGGACCGCCCUGCUGAUCAAGAGCGAUACAGCAAUUUGGAAAUGGAAUAUGUGCAAAAAAGAUCAGAACUCUUGUCUCCUCUCCUUUCCCUGGGACAGUAUCAGAUGGCAGCUGCUUUAGCAGAGAAGUACUGUGACUUUGAUAUCCUGGUGCAAAUGUGUGAGCAGACAGACAACCAGGCCAGAUUACAACGUUACAUGAGUCAGUUUGCAGAUCAGAAUUUUUCAGAUUUCCUGUUUCGCUGGUAUCUAGAAAAAGGAAAGCGAGGGAAGCUGUUAUCUCAGCCUGUUGCUCAGCACGGACAGCUGGCCAGUUUCUUGCAAGCUCAUGAGCAUCUGAGCUGGUUACAUGAAAUCAAUAGUCAGGAUUUGCAAAAGGCUCACAGAACGUUGCAGACUUUAGCAAAUAUGGAGACCCGAUAUUUUGCAAAGAAGAAAACACUUCUUGGCUUGAGCAAAUUAGCUGCACUGGCAUCUGACUUCUCAGAAGACAUACUGCAAGAGAAAAUAGAAGAAAUAUCAGAACAGGAACGCUUUCUGUUACAUCAGGAGACGCUUCCUGAACAAUUACUGGCAGAGAAACAGUUGAACCUCAAUGAUAUGCCAGUGUUGUCUGCAUCUCAGCUCAUUGAUAUGUACAUAUGUGAUGAGAACAGAAGGGCCAAUGAGUAUGACUUCAAGAAAGCACUUGAUCUGCUGGAAUAUAUUGAUGAGGAAGAGGAAGUGGAUGUAAACGAUCUUAAACUUAAAAUUCUCUGUCAGGCUCUCCGAAGAGAUGGAAGUUAUCCAGCUUCUCUAACUCCCAUCCAUGUUCCAAGAGGACCUAAGGAGGAAAAGAUGAGGAGAGAAUACAUUCCAAAUGGACUGUGCCAUUUGUGAUUAAAAUGGAAACAAGCAGCAUUUGGAUUCGCACUUAUGCAUAGGAUAGAUUCCAAAGGACAGUGGUCUGUAGCAAAUAAAUUCCUAGUUGCAUGACUAAGUUAUUGUCACAUAUGACACAAAUAAUGUGCAGAAACAGGUUCACACUAUUCCAAGUGUUUUCUUCCCUUCCUGUUAUUUUCAAGACAGAAGAAUCCAGAACUCCUACAUGGCACCAGUCCAAUAAUUGGUUUAUGUCCUGUCUACCCCGGGCCGAGAACAGUUUUGGACAUAAUAUUUAAACCAUUUAAAUCAUACAUAAUGCUGACAAGAUUUUGCCCACUCUGCUAGCUAACCAGAUGCAAUUUGAGAUCACUUUGCACUGAAUAGCGUUUAGAAAACUUCACGUCCCAGGUGAGUUUCCAGUCCAGCAAGGCUCACAAAGGCUUACAAAGAGGUUGAUUGCUAUUUCAAAAGAGGUAGUGUUAACUUUCAUCUGUGUGCAAAAGUAAGCGUUUGACAUGUUACAAUACCUGCUUUUAAGGAUGGCAUCUGUUUUCUAGCUUAACAGCUAAAAAUGGUGGUAAGGUUCUUGGGUAGAAUGGAGAGCCUUGCUGAGCGUGCUCCUCACGUUCUCGUAGGGUCCUCACUAUUCUCCUCUGUGCCUAAGAGUGAUUUGUUUCCUCAAAUCCCCCUUCCCCUUCCUUCCCUCCUUCCUUCACAUUCUUCCCAAUAGAAUUAAAGAUGAAAUCCUGGAAGAUCGGGAAUUUAAGUGACAUCCGGGGUAAAACCAUGGUUUCGGCGAAGUACAGAGGAUUUGUCAGUAAUAGCUUCUGGGAGCCAGGUCCAGAUCUGUUGCAAGCAUGUCCCAUUGGCCCAAGGAGGUUCAUGUUGGUUUAGGGAGUGAUAUGAGAACUAGUUUUGUCUGGCAGUUCAACAUAUGGAACAGGAAAUUUUAACAACUGAAAGGUUACAACCACAGCAGAAGAAGUUAGGUUGGUGUUGACUUAAAACUGCUAUGUAUAAAGCUCUGCAAGGAUGAAAAAUGAUCAUUUAAAAAAAUCUUUCUCUUACAAGAAUCUGUUUGGGAUUUUUUUAUCAUAGAUGAGACUUGCAUUCGCGAGUCUGCACCUUCACAUUUAAUCACAAAUGAGACAAACUGUAUUUCUUUUGUGUCUGUUUGUGCUGUUACAGGCCUGCAACUUAGAUUUUACAAUUUUUUUCCUCCUUCUUCCUUUUCUCAGUGUUUGCUUUUUUGUUUUGUUUUUUUUCAAAUAUGUUAGCAAAUUGGUGCUCUUGCUUUAUUCUACCAGGAAAUAAAUCUAUACUUUCAUCAUCUCAAUCGUAAAAUAUAAUUACUGAGACUAGGUAGUUCUUACCUUGAUGGAUAAUAUUUUUUAUUUUAUCAAAGAAAUAAUAUUUUCUUUUACAGUUUAGAAGACAGGAAGCAUUUCUGUUGUCCUCCUAACUAGACUACGUUAUAGUAGUGCAAUUUUAUUGCAGUUUUACUCUUGGAAUAAAGAAUAAUUAACACAAGAUAGAAAAAACCUCUUGCUUUGAGCUGUAGCCAAGCACAUAACACUUAUGUGUGAACAUGUAUUAAUCACCUUUGAUAAUUUAUCAAAUUUCCUGUGGAUUUUUUCUUGUUAGUUUUCAUUUGAUUUCAUCUGUGCAAUUCUUUCCUCAAAUUAUUCUUUG